AUUAUAAUAAUUAUGUUGCAAUCAGCCACGCCUACCUGCUUCUCCACAUGGUAUGAGGAACUGACACAAGUUCAUCUAUAUAAAUCUGAACCUCCUGUCUGAAACUCCUGAUAGCUGUCAAAAUGCCUGUUCCACAAACUGGAGUUGCGGAUCCCACUCAGUCCAGCUGGGCUGACCAGAUGGAGGAUUUGGACGCCAUCACACCAGACAACCUCCCUGACACUGUGGAAAAGAUUGACGGUGAUACAAAGACAGUAGUUUCGUAUGAAGUACAAGACGAAAAAAUAGUCAAAGUCACUCGAGAGUACAAGAUAGAGCGUCACAGAGUACCCAAGGCCAUUGCUUCUCGUAGGAAAUGGGCUAAGUUUGGGGAUGCAGAGCAGGACACCCCGGAAGGUCCUGACCCUGCCACCACUCUCAUCUCAGACGACGUCUUUCUCACACUCACAUCCAACAAAGAGGACCUGGACCAACAAGACGAGGACCCUCUGAAGAAGCUCAAGGACCAGGCCAAGGGAAUGGUGACUUGUCGUAUCUGUAAGGGUGACCAUUGGACCACCAAGUGCCCGUACAAGGACUCAUUGGGAGCCAGCACACUCAAAGAACUGGAGGAGGCCGCCAAUCCCAAGGUUGAGUCUGACAUGUCGGCUGCCCAAGCGGCAGCCCCUGGUACAGGCAAGUACGUCCCUCCCCACCAGACCAAGCGACCGGGAGAUCAGGGCUUAGGGUCGAGGAUGGGCAGGGAUGAUGAUCAGUGCACGGUGCGUGUGACCAAUGUCUCUGAAGAUACUCAAGAGGGUGACCUUCGUGACCUUUUCCAGCACUUUGGUAACAUACGAAGAGUAUUUCUUGCCAAGGAUAAAAUCACUCAACAUUCCAAGGGAUUUGCUUUCAUCAGUUAUGCUAUGAAAGAGGAUGCAGCUAAAGCGAUUAAAAAUCUAAACGGAUUUGGAUAUGACCAUCUCAUUCUGAAAGUGGAGUGGGCGAAGCCUUCAAACCCUCCAAAAGCCCACUGAUGAAGAACUACUAUUCCUUAAGAAUUCUUUAUUAUGUGUUUGUUCAAUACUUCAAAAUUAAUGUGUAAUUAUAGGCAAAGA